CCCGGGGCCGGGGGCAGAGGCGGUGCAGGCCGCGGGCAGCAGCAGCAGCAGCGCCAUGCCGUUCGUGGAGCUGGACACCAGCCUGCCGGCCGAGCGGCUGCCGCCGGGGCUGGCGCAGACCCUGUGCGCCGCCACCGCCGACAUCCUGGGCAAACCGGCGGAGCGGGUGAACGUGACGGUGCGGAGCGGGCUGCCCAUGGUGCUGUCGGGCUCUGCCGAGCCCUGCGCGCAGCUGGCGGUCUCGUCCAUCGGCGUGGUGGGCACGGCGGAGCAGAACAAGGCGCACAGCGCCCGCUUCUUCGACGUGCUGACGGCGCAGCUGGGCCUCGGCCCCGAUCGGAUUGUCAUCCGCUUUUACCCUCUGGAGCCCUGGCAGAUUGGCAAGAACAGGACAGUGAUGACAUUCCUGUGAUCCUUGGAGCAGCUGCUGGAACAAGGCCAUGAUGAAGGCAACCCAGAGAUGAUCAGCUCUGUCUGUCUGCUUGUUUCCUCUUGUGAUCCAAUCUGUGUAGCUCGAUUCACUUUUGUCUUUGCAUCCUGUACACACAAAACUCAAGAGUGAGGCAAUCAACUGAUUUUACUGAAA